CGCAGGCGGCGGCAGGGUGGUACCGGCACCAUGAACGAGAUCUACCCGCUGGCAGUGCCCAAGGGGCGGAAAUUGAAGUGCGAGGUGUGCGAAGCCCCGGCCGAGCGAGUGUGUGGGGCCUGCACGGUCACCUACUAUUGUGGUGUUGCACAUCAGAGAGCUGAUUGGGCCAGCAUUCAUGAAAAAAUCUGCCAGCUCCUGAUCCCCUUGCGUACAACUAUGCCCUUUUACAAUUCAGAAGAAGAACGGAGGCAUGGUCGGGAGCAGCUGCUGCAGCGGCAGAAGCAUUUAAUUGAGCUGUGUUACAAAGUAGCUCAGAAAUAUCUCUUUGAAGGAAAACAUGAAGAAUCUGUCCCUGCAGCCUUGCAUUCCCUGCGUUUCCGCAUUAACGUGUAUGGCCUGAAUUCAGUCCAGUUGGUGCCUGCUUACCUACUGUUAUCUGAAGCGAGUAUUGGUCUUGGCCAUAUUGUCCAGGCAGAGGAAUACCUCUCCCAAGCCCAGUGGACUGUUCUCAAGUCAACUGAUUGCAACGAUGAAAUUCAUUCUCUCCUGCAUCGGAACCUGGGGCUCCUCUAUACAGCUAAGGAAAGCUAUGAAGAAGCACGCUAUCAUUUAGCCAAUGAUAUUUAUUUUGCCAGCUGUAUAUAUGGAUCAGAAGACAUCAAAACCUCAGGAGCAUACUUCCUCAUGGCUAAUGUUUUCUUUCAUCAGAAGAAGAUGGACGUAGCAGACUCACUGUACAAAAAGGUAACUGAUAUCUGGCAUACAUUUUUAGAUCAACAUAUUCAAAAUCAGCUGCGUGCUCGUAAGAAACCAGCAGAUAUUUUGGCCAAGGAAUUGGAAAAUGACACUGGUCUAGAUGAACCCCAGGAAGCAGAAGCAGUUCACAUCCUGGGAACCAUCUUGGAAAUUCGAGAACACACAGAGAAAGGAAAGCCAGAGGUCACUGUGAAAAUCCUGAAAACGGUGGCAAUGCUCGAUUACCUAAUGAUGAAUUUAUCCAAGGCUCAUGAACUUGCUGUGAAAGCCUACCUUUUAUCCAAAGAGCUGCCCAAUAAAGAAGAUGAAUCUGAAGCCCUUCGAGAUCUAAUAGGCCUCAUUGCUUCCAAAAACCCAGUGACCUUGAAAGCGUCCAAGUUCUUCAGCAGCCAGGGCCAUUAGAGGGACAGAAUGGAUGCUGAAGAUGGGCUAAUAACGUAUUAUAUUACAGCUGCUGUUUCAGCCUAGGAGAUUCAGCUUUGAAAUCCUACCCUCUACAAACGUGUCUUGACAAUGCCCAAUUUGAGGGAAAGUUGGACUUUGUGCAGAGGGUGUAGACAUCCUACCACACUGUGAUUUGUGUGACAGGAUGUCAGGACAUUGGCACAUUGGUAUGCUUUGGUUUUCAUGCUUUUUUCUUAUGUAAAUUCCAUUAUCACAGGAAAUUGGGGCAUUAGACUAGGGGUAUGCUCCACUCCUAGCUAUACCUCAUUUUGUACAUUGUGAGUGCAGUUCAAUUUAAUACAAUCAAUAAA